AUGCUCCGGCUAACUCUCCAGAAGUCCCUCGCAGAGCUCAGAACGCACAACUUGCACGUCUACUAUCUUGGCCCUGACCGCUCUGUCCCUCAAAGCGACAUUUUUUGCGGCAUCAACGCAGUCCACCAAGAAGGCCUCUUUGCCAAGCUCGGCGUCACCUGUCUCCCCGCAUGGGAAGUCGCGCAGAUCUGCGAGCUGUGCGAUCGCGAGGGAUGGGUCAAACCGUCAGUCUAUCAAGGCAAAUACAACGUCCUCCAUCGCGCCGUAGAGCCUGGGCUCUUCCCCCGUUUGAGGCACUACGGCAUCAAGUUCUACGCGUUCAACCCUAUUGCGGGGGGCUUCCUGGCCGGCGGUGAGUCACAUAAGAGAAAUAAGAAUUGGGGCUAUGGGAACGAGGAGUACUUUGCUGUGAUGGAGCUGCUGGAUCCCGUCGUUGAGAAGCAUGAGUUGACGCUCAGGGAGUGUGCGCUGAGGUGGUUGGCGGAUCAUAGCCUGCUUGGCAUGGGGAAAGGCGACGCAGUCUUGAUGGGUGCGAGCGGUGCGGCGCAUUUGGAGAGCAAUCUUGUGGAUCUUGAGAAGGGCCCGUUGCCGGACGUGGUUGUUGGGGCGUCGGAUAGGGGUGUGCGCUGGAAAUAUUGA